AUGCAGGGCGUAGAGCAUGAGUACGCAUGGCAUAGCACAAGAAGUGUGAUUUUUGGUCAUUUUGGAUAUCUAGUAAAAUGGGAUGUGUGGGAAGUUUUGGGUAGCGAUUCUCUUCCGAAACAAGGGGGAGACAAGGCCGAUAAAGACGAAAUCCAUAAAGAAGAACCUCAAGCAAAGCAAAAUAUUAUUGAUCAACAUGAAGAAAAACUGAAGAUUGAUGUUCAAAAGGGUGAAAAGCUUGUGAGAAAGAAGCGUGACAGGGAACUUGAUAAUCCGUUGCAUCUUUGUAAAGAAGAAGAACUCUCUAAAGGUGAAAAGCUUGAGAAAGUCACUAUUGAAACACAAAAGAUGAUUGAGAAAGCUCCACUCUCGGACUAUGAUGUUAAUCACAUGCUCUUCUCUUUCUAUGUUAAGUAUAGAAAGCCUCAAUUCUUGACCUGGAGCUUAAAGAAGAUUGUUGCUAUAAAGGUGUAUGCAUCUAUUGCGACUGAAAACUUCAUAAACGUCAAGUUCAAAGGAUUCCGAGGAGCUAGUCGUUUUGAAGAUGAAUUUACACUUGCUGACCUGCCUUGCAUGAAUCAUUUCGAUUGGUUUUCCUUGUUCUUAAUUGUGUCUAAAGAUGAACAGAAGUACGAGCCAAUCGUAGCUUAUCCGAAGUGGAUGCUUGUUUGUUACAUUCAUGAGAUUACGAAGAUGGAUGUAGAAAUAACAUAUGUUCUAAGGAAAAUGCUUAUUCUGAAGCCUGAAGAAGAAUAG